AUGGUGCUCAUCCAAGAGAAGGACCACCCUGUUGAAAAUUCUAAAGACUCCAGUGUGGAUGAGGAGAGGAUCACUUCUCCACCGGUGGCAGAAAAGGCGGUGAUAGAUCAGCAGUUCCCAUUCUUUGGGCUGCUCUGCUACGCUGAUGGACUAGAUUGGCUGCUCAUGGUAGCAGGAACGAUGGGGUCAUUCCUGCAUGGGAUGGGGCCUUCAAUGUCGUAUUACUUAGUUGGCAAAGGCAUUGAUGUGGUCGGGAACAACAUAGGCAAUCGGGAGGCCACAGUCCAGGAACUCUCUAAGUUAAUUCCAUAUAUGUGGGCAUUGGCAAUUAUUACACUUCCUGGUGGAAUGGUUGAAAUUACAUGUUGGAUGUAUACCAGUCAGAGACAAAUGUCACGCAUGCGGAUGGCAUACUUGAGAUCAGUGCUGAGUCAAGAUAUUGGAGCUUUUGAUACUGACUUAACCACUGCAAAAAUCAUGGCUGGAGCAAUCAACCAUAUGAGUGCCAUACAAGAUGCAAUUGGUGAAAAGCUUGGUCACUUUUUGUCAAACUUCUCCACGUUCUUUGUUUCCAUCAUUGUUGCUUUCGUGUGCUGCUGGGAGGUGGGUAUGCUCUCCAUGCUGGUUGUUCCUAUGCUCCUCAUGGUUGGCGCAACAUAUGCCAAAAUGAUGAUUGACAUGUCAAUGAAAAGAAUGGCUUUGAUCUCUGAAGCAACCACAGUUGUAGAACAGGCUUUCUCACAUAUCAAGACUGUCUUCUCAUUUGCUGGAGAAAAUUCAGCAAUCAAAUCAUUCAUCAAAUGUAUGGACAAGCAAUACGAGCUAAGCAAGAAAGAGGCGAUGACAAAAGGACUAGGUUUGGGAAUGUUACAAAUUGCAACUUUCUGUUCAUAUUCAUUAACAGUCUGGGUUGGAGCAGCUGCAGUAAUUGAUAGAUCUGCAAAAGGAGGUCAAACAGUUGCAGCUGUCAUUAACAUCCUCUCUGCAGCAAUAUAUAUCUCAAAUGCUGCUCCAGAUCUUCAGUCCUUCAGCCAAGCAAAAGCUGCUGGCAAAGAAGUAUUUGAGAUUAUCAAUAGAAAUCCAGCGAUAAAUUAUGAAUCAAAUGGAACAAUCUUAGAGAAGGUCAUUGGAAAUAUUGAAAUUCGAGAGGUAUAUUUCAUGUAUCCAUCCCGUGUGGACAAGCCAAUUCUCAGAGGUUUUUCACUAACCAUACCAGCAGGCAAAGUUAUUGCUCUUGUGGGGAGCAGUGGAUGUGGCAAGAGCACUGUAAUUUCUCUAGUUCAACGAUUCUACGAUCCUAUAUCAGGUGACAUCCUUAUCGAUGGUCAAAAUGUUAAGGACCUUGAUCUGAAGUCCCUCAGGAGAAGUAUAGGUUCAGUCUCUCAAGAACCAUCACUGUUUUCCGGUACGAUCAUGGAUAACUUGAGAAUUGGCAAAAUGGAUGGAACUGAUGAAGAGAUAAUUGAAACAGCAAAAGCAGCUAAUGUGCACUCCUUUAUAUCCAAACUUCCGAACCAAUACUUAACGGAGGUAGGAGAAAGAGGUGUGCAGUUAUCAGGAGGUCAGAAACAAAGAAUAGCAAUUGCAAGGGCUAUGCUAAGAGAUCCUCCUAUUCUUCUUCUUGAUGAAGCCACAAGUGCACUUGAUUCAGAAUCAGAGAAGUUAGUGCAGGAAGCUCUUGAUAGAGCUAUGCAAGGAAGGACUGUUAUUUUGAUUGCCCACAGAAUGUCAACAAUCAAAAAUGCAGACAUGAUUGUUGUUAUGGAGAAUGGAAAAGUAGCUCAAUCUGGAACUCAUGAAGAAUUGCUGGAGAAAAGUCCAUUCUACUCGAGUGUAUGCGGUAUGCAAUAUCUAGAGCAGGAAUCUGGCAAGGGUGAAGAAAGAUUUACUGAUCAGGUCAGAGAAGAACAAGACAAUGGAACUGGAACAAACAAUGAGCCAUCUUCUACUGCACAUGAACAAGAGAAGAGUCUAGAACUGAACUCAAACCAACCGAACCAAGAAAUCAGAAAGAGGACAUCUGUUUUCUACAGAAUGUUCCUUGGAACAUUUAUGCUGGAGCCAGGAAAGGUUCUUCUCGGCUCAACAGCAGCCGCAAUCUCUGGGGUAUCCAAGCCAAUAUUUGCUUUCUUCAUCAUGACGGUUGGCGUAGCAUACUUUGACCCAGAUGCAAAGAGAAUAGUUGGGAAGUACUCGAUAAUUUUGUUCCUCAUUGGAUUGCUCACAUUUUUCAGUAACAUCUUCCAGCACUAUAUAUAUGGCCUUAUUGGCGAAAGGGCAAUGAAUAACCUAAGGGAGGCCCUCUUUUCAGUCAUUCUUCAAAACGAAAUAGGUUGGUUUGAACAACCCAAGAACAGUGUCGGUUUCCUGACAUCACGUGUUGUUGGUGACACCUCCAUGAUUAAAACCAUCAUAUCUGAUCGAAUAUCAGUCAUUGUCCAGUGUGUCUCUUCGAUUUUGAUAGCUACAGGAUUAAGCAUGGCAGUGAACUGGAGGAUGGGUCUGGUUGCAUGGGCUCUGAUGCCAUUUCAGUUUAUCACUGGUCUCGUACAAGUAAGGUCAGCAAAAGGUUUUGCCACCGACUCCUCUACGUCUCACCGGAAGCUCAUCUUGCUCACUUCAGAGGCUGUUAGCAACAUUCGUACAGUGGCCUCUUUUGUUCAGGAAGAGGAAAUACUAAAGAAAGCGGAUUCAUCACUGCAAGAACCAAUGCAGACAAGCAAGAUAGAGAGCAUAAAGUAUGGUGUGGUACAAGGGGUUUCCCUAUGCUUGUGGCACAUGACGCAUGCCAUCGCAUUGAGUUACACCAUCGUGCAACUUGACAAGAGCCUAGCGACAUUUGAAAACUGUGUACGGUCCUAUCAAGCAAUUGCACUGACGAUAACUUCCGUCACGGAGUUAUGGUCCUUGAUCCCCAUGGUUUUGUCGGCCAUCACAAUAUUGGAUCCUGUGCUUGACAUUCUCGACAGAGAAACGCAGAUCGUGCCAGAUGAACCAAAAGUGCAUUGUGAAGACAGAAUUACAGGCAACAUUGAGUUUCAAUAUGUCAGUUUCAGAUACCCAUCAAGACAAGAGGUAAUCAUAUUGGAUGGAUUCAGUCUAGCUAUUGAACCAGGUCAAAGGGUAGCAUUGGUUGGGCCAAGUGGUGCAGGGAAAUCCACAGUGGUAUCUCUUUUGUUACGAUUCUAUGAUCCUUGCAGAGGACAGGUACUAGUUGAUGGUAAGGACAUCAGAGAUUACAAUUUGAGGUUCCUAAGAAAGCAGAUAGGACUGGUUCAGCAAGAGCCAAUCUUGUUCAAUUUCUCCAUAAGAGAGAACAUUAGCUAUGGAAAUGAAGGUGCGUCAGAAACAGAAAUAGUUGAGGCUGCAAUGGAGGCAAAUAUUCAUGAGUUCAUCAGUGGCCUGUCAAGCGGGUAUGACACAGUUGUCGGGGACAAAGGAAGCCAACUUUCAGGAGGGCAGAAGCAGAGAAUAGCCAUUGCAAGAACUAUACUGAAGAGGCCAGUCAUACUACUACUAGAUGAGGCAACAAGUGCUCUGGAUGGUGAAUCGGAGAGGCUGGUGAUGAGUUCCCUGGCAGCAAAGGAGUGGAAAAGCAAGGAGGGUGAGCCAUCGAACAAGAUCACGAGCAUCACAAUUGCACACAGAUUAUCCACAGUCACAAGCGCGGAUGUGAUUGUCGUGAUGGACAAAGGCCAGGUGGUCGAGAUGAGCAACCACGAAACAUUGGUCGCAGCAAGCAAUGGUGUUUACUCAAGAUUGUACCGAAUGCAAAGCAAAGGGGUGAGAGAUUGAUCCUCAUGAUCUUCAGCUAGGACAUUAGCAGAAGAUAAAAGGAAGACUUGGCACCAUUGGCUAGCAUUUGA